AUAUGCACGGGACAUUCAUGGUGUUGCUUCCUGUCAGUAUGAUCAUAAUGGUCGUCGGGGGAGUGAUGGGGUUCAUCGGCCUGCUGGCUAGAGCAUACCUACUACUGCUGAUGACUGGUGUACUGUUACUACUGGGAGGUAAGCACCCUAUACCCUACACCCUAUACCCUACACAAUACACCCUAUACCCUACACAAUACACCCUUACCACCAGAGCAUACCUACUACUGCUGAUAACUGGUGUACUGUUACUACUGUGAGGUAAGCACCCUAUACCCUACACCCUAUACCCUAUACCCUAUACCCUACACCCUAUACCCUACACAAUACACCCUUACCACCAGAGCAUACCUACUACUGCUGAUAACUGGUGUACUGUUACUACUUGGAGGUAAGCACCCUAUACCCUACACCCUAUUCACUACACACUAUACAAGCCCCACCACCAAACCACAACAGUUUAUCUACUGUACCUAUCACUUUCCACUCUCAUUUAUACUCAAAGUACACUGAACAAAAAAAAUUUAACAACAUGCAACAAUUUAAAAUAUUUUACUGAGUUACAGUUCAUAUAGGGAAAUCAGUCAAUUGAAAUAAAUUCAUUAGGCCCUAAUCUAUGGAUUUCACAUGACUGGGAAUACAGUUAUGCAUCUGUUGGUCACAGACACCUUAAAAAAUAAAGGUAGGGGUGUGGAUCGGAAAACCAGUCAGUAUCUGGUGUGACCACCAUUUGCCUUAUGCAGCACGACACAUCUCCUUCGCAUAGAGUUGAUCAGGCUGUUGAUUGUGGCCUGUGGAAUGUUUUCCCACUCCUCUUCAAUGGCUGUGCGAAGUUGCUGGAUAUUUGCGGGAAGUGGAACACGCUGUCGUACCAGUCGAUCCAGGGCAUCCCAAACAUGCACAAUGGGUGACAUGUCUGGUGAGUAUGCAGGCCAUGGAAGAACUCUGACAUUUUCAGCUUCCAGGAAUUGUGUACAGAUCCUUGCGACAUUAUCAUGCUGAAACAUGAGAUGAUGGCAGCAGAUGAAUGGCACGACAAUGGGUCUCAGGAUCUCGUCACGGUAUCACAGUAUGGCCAUUGAUAAAAUACAAUUGUUUUUGUUGUCUGUAGCUUAUGUCUGCCCUUACCAUAACCCCACCGCCACCAUGGGACACUCUGUUCACAACGUUGACAUCAGCAAACCACUCGCCCACACAAUGCCAUACACAGGGUCUGCGGUUGUGAGGCCGGAACAUUUCUGGGAUCUUUUAUUUCAGCUCAUGAAACAUGGAACCAACACUUUACAUGUUGUGUUUAUAUUGUUGUUCAGUGUAGUUUAGGGGCUGUUUAUACAGAAAAUGGGUAUAAGACCUGUAUAAACUAUUUAUAAUGAUAUGACAAUAUUUUAGGUUGACUAUAAUUCUAUUACACAAUUUCUGAUACAUCACGUCUUACUAUUAUUUUCCUGCAUAGUAAAAUCAGGAUUAUGCUUCUACUGCCAUUCAUUCCAUUUAGACUGGUUUGGAUUUCUCCCUGACCAAGAUGGCUGCCAUUUUCUCCCCAUUCUGGAACUUUGAGGGUUUAUGACAUAGCCCCUCUAGUAAUUUAAUAGGAUCUCUAUGGGCACACCUCGUCAUCAGGCCUGUUGACGAGAGCUGGUCUGACACUGGAGCUGCAGAGCGGACCACAUUUCUUUUCUUUUCAGUAAUCAAGGCCAUACGCAAGCACACACAACAAGAAUGGAUGAAAGGACAUGUGAUGUCCCACACAUAGGGCUGUGAUGAUUAUGGAAUCAUGGUUAAUGAUUAAUUGUCACGCAAAUGGACACUGUUAUUGUCAUAAUUGUCAUUUUUCGUAACCAUUUUUAUUAGCUUGUAAUCCAUCAUAAUCCAUAUUUGAGAUCGGCAACACUUUACUUGACACCCAACGCCAUAACACGUUAUGACACGGUCAUAACCAUGUCAUAAUAUGUCAUAACAGCUGACAUAACUUGCAUAAUUUUAUUUAUUUAUUUUAUAACUUCUUAAGUCCUUUGUUGUUGUUGUUGUUAUGAAUGCUUUUUCCCCAUCAUGUUUUAAAUAACUUGCAGAAAAUACAUUUUAUGACACUGUCAUGAAGCAUUAUGACCAUCCUGUGUCACUUUAUGACUCUGUCAAGAAGCAUUAUGACCAUCAUAAUCAUACAAGCCAGAUAGGCCUAUCACGUGUAUGCCAUGCUCCUGAAAUCUGCUCCUGCAUUCAUCCCAGUCAUCAGCAACAGAGCAUUGGGGUAUGUGCAUGUCUGACAUCAAUUUGUGUGCAAUGAUAAUUUAAUAUUGUCAAUUUCAGAAAAUUGGAUAUACUGUAACAUUAACAUACUGUUGACAAGUAGGCUAUGGUGUAAUGGAAUGUUUUGCCUUGUGUGGUAGGUUUUGUGGGUUUUGACACUCUUAUGUACAACAGGUCUAAAUAUGUGUCAUGAAAGUGUUAUGACGAUAUUAUAACAGGUUAUGACAUGUUAUGUCAGCUGUUAUGAUAUAUUAUGACAUGGUUAUGACCGUGUUAUAACAUGUUAUGACACUGGGUGUCAAGUAAAGUGUAACCAAAUGAUCCAUGACAUACUUUGGUCCACACCGGUCUCAAAAACAAAUGGUUUUGGAAGUGCUGUGCACCUGGUGCCUCACUGCAGAAAUGGAAUGAACGCUCCAAGGGAUGUUCAUUAUGGCAUUAGUAGCAUUUGGAUUAAGUGCAAACUGGAAACUGCAUAUCCUGAGGCGGCAUUUAUUGUAGCUGGGGACUUUAAUAAAGGAAAUAUGAGGAAAACGCUACAGAAAUUCUAUCAAGACGUCUCCUGUGCUACACGCGCAGACUGCUACACAGUAGCCGGCCUCCACCCAGUACCCUGCCCUGAACCUUAGUCAAUGUUCUAGCCGGCUACCACCCGGUACUCUACCCUGCACCUUAGAGACUGUUUGCCCUAUGUACAUAGUCAUUGAACACUGGUCACUUGUUCACAUACUGUUUUACCCACUUCAUAUGUAUCUACUGUAUUCUAGUCAUGGUUCAUCCUAUAUAACUACUGCUGUCCACUUCACAUGUAUAUACUGUAUUCUAGUCAUGGUUCAUCCUAUAUAACUACUGCUGUCCACUUCAUAUGUAUCUACUGUAUUCUAGUCAUGGUUCAUCCUAUAUAACUGCUGCUGUCCACUUCAUAUGUAUAUAGUGUAUUCUAGUCAUGGUUCAUCCUAUAUAACUGCUGCUGUACACACGUUUUCUGUUCAUAUACUGUCCAUACUGUCUAUAAACACCAUCCUAUAUAACUACUGCUGUACACACCUUUUCUGUUCAUAUACUGUCCCUACUGUCUAUAAACACCAUCCUAUAUAACUACUGCUGUACACACCUUUUCUGUUCAUAUACUGUCCAUACUGUCUAUACACACCAUCCUAUAUAACUACUGCUGUACACACCUUUUCUGUUCAUAUACUGUCCCUACUGUCUAUACACACCAUCCCAUAUAACUACUGCUGUACACACCUUUUCUGUUCAUAUACUGUCCAUACUGUCUAUAUACACCAUCCUAUAUAACUACUGCUGUACACACCUUUUCUGUUCAUAUACUGUCCAUAUACACCAUCCUAUAUAACUACUGCUGUACACACCUUUUCUGUUCAUAUACUGUCCAUACUGUCUAUAAACACCAUCCUAUAUAACUACUGCUGUACACACCUUUUCUGUUCAUAUACUGUCCAUACUGUCUAUAUACACCAUCCUAUAUAACUACUGCUGUACACACCUUUUCUGUUCAUAUACUGUCCAUACUGUCCAUACACACCAUUAUACAAUAGUAGAAAAUAAAAACAGUCAAAAUAAAGACAAGCCCUUGAAUGAGUAGGUGUGUCUAAACUUUUGACUGGUACCAUAUAUAUAUAUAUAUAUAUAUACACACACACAUUCCAUUAUAUGUGUACAUACACUCUGACCCGUUUAUUAGGUACACCCAUCUAGUACGGGGUUGGACCGCCCUUUGCCUCCAGAACAGCCUGAAUUCUUCAGGGCAUAUAAACUUUGCUCAAUUGGUAUCAAGGGACCUAACGUGCGCCAGGAAAACAUUCCCCACACCAUUACACCAUCGCCACCAGCCUGUACCGUUGACACCAGGGAGGUUGGGGCCAUGGACUCAUGUUGCUUAGGCCAAAUUCAUGACUGCCAUCAGCAUGACGCAACAGGAACCGGGAUUCGUCGGACCAGGAUUCGUCCACUCCUCAAUUGUCCAGUGUUGGUGAUCACGUGCCCACUGGAGCUGCUUCUUCUUGUUUUUAGCUGAUAGGAGUGGAACCCGGUGUGGUCGUCUGCUGCAAUAGCCCAUCCGUGACAAGGACCGACGAGUUGUGAGUUCCGACAUGUCGUUCUGCACACCACUGUUGUACUGCGUCGUUAUGUUCCUGUUUGCCAGUUAGCUUGCACCAUUCUUGCCAUUCUCUUUUGACCUCUCAUCAACGAGCUGUUUUUGCCCACAGGACUGCCGCUGACUGGAUGUUUUUUGUUUGUCGCAACAUUGUAGGUAAACUCUAGACACUGUCAUGCGUGAAAAGCCCAGGAGGUCGUCCGUUUCUGAGAUACUGGAACCGGCGCGCCUGGCACCGACGAUCAUAGCACGCUCAGUUGUUUAGGUCACUCGUUUUGCCCAUCUAACGUUCAAUAGAACAGUAACUGAAUGCCUCGAUGCCUGUCUGCCUGGUUUAUAUAGCAAGCCACAGCCACGUGACUCACUGUCUGUAGGAGCGAUCAAUUUUCGUGAACGGGGUGGUGUACCUAAUAAACUGGCCACUGUGUAUAUUUAUAUUCCUGUCUCUGACAUUGACAAACUUUUUUUUACUUUUGGGGAUUAUGUGUGUAUUGUUUUGUAUUGCUAGAUAUUACUGCACUGUUGGAGCUAGAAACACAAGCAUUUCGCUGCACCUUUGAUAACAUCUGCAAAUCUGCAAUAAACAUUGAUUUGGGAUUUGAUUUGAAGAACUUUGGGCCAAAACAAUGUGACGAUUUUUCCCUUUCCACCUGUGUCUCCUUAGUGGUCAGUAUGUCCUUGUAUCUCCCUAGUGGUCAGUAUGUCCCUGUAUCUCCGUAGUGGUCAGUAUGUCCCUGUAUCUCCCUAGUGGUCAGUAUGUCCCUGUGUCUCCCUAGUGGUCAGUAUGUCCCUGUGUCUCCCUAGUGGUCAGUAUGUCCCUGUGUCUCCCUAGUGGUCAGUAUGUUCCUGUCAUUUGGUAUUUUGUCAGUAACACACCUUUUCUCCUUCCCUCCAGCUCUGUCCUCUCUAACAGGGGUGAGUGUGUACAUGGCCUACUCUGCUGCAGUCUUCCAGGAGGCUCAGUGUCUGGCUGAGCAGAUGGGGGUCAAUAUGGAGGGGAUCCAGAUCCUGUUUGGCUGGUCCCUGGUCCUGGCCUGGGUCUCCAGUGGAACACAAAUAAUCACCUCCGCUGGCUUUCUGCUGGCCUGCAGAACCAUCACUACACAGAGACAGGAACUGAAAUUA